AGACAUGUACGAAGAAACGACCGAAGAAACGACCGAAAUUACUCUUAACUGUAUCGCUAAAGAAAGAGGGUCUGAAGGGAUUUUCAGUAUUGAUAUUGGAAAAGACGAAUUGGUUUCUGCCCUUAAGCAUCGUAUUGAGGGAAUGUAUACCAACACCUAUGCAGAUUAUGAUCCCUUCGACAUUUUGAUAUGGAGAGUGGAUGAUGUCGAUAUUAGUGAUGAAAAAAUCACCGAACUCCAAGAGAAUUUAUCACCUAAUGCCGUUGAGAGAGUUUUGGGUGACAACGUAGAGAGACUUUCUAGUUGGGAUCGGAUCGGAAAAAAAUUCAGUAAUCAAUUUAGUACAGGAGUUAUUCAUGUUAUUGCUCAAGGCUGGUGCGUAGCAUGUGAUAAGGGUUAUAACUCCUUAAAAAGCCAUCAAGAAUCUGAUGUCCAUAAAGAUAAUGCGCACCUGCAUGUCUCCUACAAUUCUGGAGACAUAACCCCGUUUGAAGAAGAGGAAUUUGUUGAUGACAAUGGGGAUGAGGAUGAAGAAGAUGAAGAAUUAUCCAAUGAUAUGAACCUUUAAGAUUAUUUUGCGUCACCUGUGGCGUAGUAUCGAUCUUCGGUAUAUUCACAUUUUUUGUAUGCUAUAGGCCGGCGCCCGACAACUAUUUAUUUUAUUAAAUAAAGCAUUAUUAUACCCGGUUCUAGUUGAACCUCUGUUC